ACCGAGUCUCGGCGCCGCCGGGGGCCGGGUGCGGGCCGCGCCGCUCCUCCUUCCGCCGGCUAUGCAGUCUUCCGGCUCCUCUGGCUCCCGCAGCCCCGGCCGGGGCCGGGCCGGCCCGAGCAAGACGGGAGAGACUUCGAUGUGAGAAUGGCUGUGACUCUGGAAGAAGCUCCGUGGCUGGGCUGGAUCUUGGUGAAAGCCCUGAUGAGGUUUGCCUUCAUGGUCGCCAACAACCUGGUUGCGAUUCCAUCCUACGUCUGCUAUAUAAUCGUGCUUCUGCCCCUUCGACUGCUGGACAGCAAGCGGUUCUGGUACCUUGAAGGAAUGAUGUACAAAUGGCUUUUAGGAAUGGUGGCUUCUUGGGGAUGGUAUGCUGGAUAUACAGUGAUGGAGUGGGGGGAAGAUAUUAAAACAAUUUCAGAAGAUGAAGCAGUCAUGUUGGUGAACCAUCAGGCAACAGGAGAUGUGUGCACCCUGAUGAUGUGCCUCCAGGACAAAGGACUGGUUGUUGCUCAGAUGAUGUGGUUGAUGGAUCAUAUUUUUAAAUACACAAACUUUGGAAUUGUUUCUCUAAUUCAUGGAGACUUCUUUAUAAGACAGGGAAAAUCUCAUCGUGACCAACAGCUUCUUCUUCUUAAGAAGCACCUAGAAAAUAAUUACAGGAGCAGAGAUCGAAAAUGGAUUGUUCUGUUUCCAGAAGGGGGCUUCCUCAGGAAGAGGCGAGAAACCAGUCAGUCAUUUGCCAAGAAAAAUAACUUGCCAUUUCUUACACAUGUCACUUUGCCGAGAGUUGGGGCAACAAAAAUUAUUUUGCGUGCGCUUGUAGCACGACAGGAAAAUGGAAGUCCAGCAGGAGGAGACACUAAGGAAUUAGACAACAAAUCAAAAGGCCUCCAGUGGAUAAUAGAUACAACCAUAGCUUAUCCCAAAGCUGAACCCAUAGAUAUUCAAACCUGGAUCCUUGGAUACAGGAAACCAGCAGUCACACAUGUACAUUACAGAAUCUUUCCAGUUAAAGAUGUACCCCUGGAGACCGAUGACCUUUCUGACUGGCUCUAUCAGCGUUUUAUUGAAAAAGAGGACCUCUUAUCGCAUUUUUAUGAAACAGGGGCUUUUCCACCUACCAAGGGCCAUAAGGAAGCUGUUUCCAGGGAGAUGACCCUCAGCAAUAUGUGGAUAUUUCUCAUACAGUCUUUUGCAUUUUUGUCAGGCUAUAUGUGGUACAACAUCUUUCAGUACUUUUACCAUUGCCUGUUUUAGGAAUUGACUUGGACUUGUCAUGGUCACCAUAGGAAUUUGGACUUUCAUGAGUGUGCAUUAUUUUACAUGUGCAAAUCAGAAUAUUAAAAAACAAGCAAAGGAGAUUCAAUGGAUGGAUUAAUAUUUAUCCCCCUUUGGGAUAUUUUUAAACUCUACUAAAAUGAGGAUCAGUAAUAUAAUGACCUGCUAAUAUGUUUUAAGGACUUUUCAUGUUUUAAAACGAUACACUCUACCACCCAUUUAUGCAAACAUCACAUUUGGAGAAGAGGAAAUCAUCAAAUCAUCCUAGAAGACUAUCUGAGAGAAAUUCUGUUGCCACCAGGUGUGUGUGAUAAUCUUUCCCAGGCUCAGAAAACUGUCCACGUCCGUUCCUCUUAGCUAGUCAUCUCUACUAGGCAGCGCUGGGGCACGCCCUCACCUCUGUCAGCUCUGGCUGUGUUCCCAGUAACCUCGAGGGGAGCUGGUUGGCACCUUCGAAGAACUGCUUCCCUGUCGUUUGCAGCAAUGCCCCAGUCCUCAGCAGCUCCAUGAGGUUCAGUGUCAAGCAUGCCCCCGGGGGGCAAAGCAGUGUCCAGUGACACAUUCCGGUACUAGAAGGUGUUCUUCCAGAAGACCAGCUCAGUCCAAUGCCGUGUUUACAUGCAUUCACGCUGCCCCUUGUACAGGGAGGGGGGGUUCACUUGAUUUAUCUUUUUGUAUAGAAGGCAUAUCAUAGAUUGAUCAUUGUCUUUUACAAAAUGCACUUUUAUCAGAUGCAUCUACAGCAGAGGAUUAGCACUAUAGGUUGGAAACAGACGUGAACAUGAUCAGCGAAUUCUUGAGAGGCUGCCUGUCUGUCUGCAUGUUGAUCUGGGCGCUGACGCCCUCCAGCGCCAUCUGCACUGGGCACCACACCGAGGCUUCUGUCCCACUCAGAGCCUUUUUUUUUGUUUGGUUUUGUUUUCUUUCCAUUUUGCAUUUUAGCCUCAAAUGCAUAUGGGGACAGUUGAAAUAAAUUAAGGCAUUUAACUGAUCAAGUUAAGGUGAAAUAGACUUGUUUAAUAUAAGGAAUAUAAGAGCUAGAGCCAGGCACUGGCUUCCAAUGGUGACACGUUCUCACACGACACCCCCAGAACCUGCGUUUGUUCCCUUAGCACGUCAAGGAGCUGCCUGUGUCAGAGUGGCGUAACCAGGAGAGUCCAGCAAAGAGGCUUCCCAGUUUCUUUCAAUUGAUCUUGGAGAGGAUAGAGUCAAGUUCCUAUUUCUAGAAAACUUUUUUUUUUUUUAAACAAUGUGUCACUAUAUUUAUAUGAUUUACCUCAUAGGAGAACCAAACACUCCUCAAAAAGUGCUGGCACGGUGUCAACUGGUCACCUGCACUCCCAGUGUUGAGAGGGAGCUUGUGUUUUGGCUUGGAACUAUAGGACUGUUUAGACCCUGGUGAGUCAGCGUACUUGUUGGUCAUGAACAUUGUGAUGCCCCUGUCGUCAGUAAUUGUACAAAUGACAAUUUUGAGAAGUAGGCCAGAAACUAAAAGUAAAGGCAAUUGUUUUCUAUUUUUAAAUAAAACCAAAAAAACCAAAAACUGAAAAGAUGUGAAUUUUCUCCCAGUUAUGUGGGAAAGGCAAAGCAACACCAAAUAAAAGCCCCCAGCAGCUCCAUUCAGUACAGAGGUGAAAGACUGCUUCAUUACUUGAAAUACCUCAUUGAAUAGUAGACAGCUACCUGGUGAAAUGCAGAAGACAGUGUUAAUAUGUUUGGUUUGGUAGUGGUUGUUAUAAGAUGCAGUUUUUUGGAAAUCUGAGCAGUUCGCUAUAUGUGUUUUACAGUGACAGUAAUUAGGUAAAGCCAAUCUCAAUUAAAGGUAUGAAGGAUGAUAGGAAGCUGGAUAGAAACUUAAAGAUGAUUCUGUUUGAGGCCCAGCAAACACUACUAGACAAGAUGAAUCGAAAUUGUUCCCUUGAGAGAUUAUUCAGCCAGCUGGGGGAUAAGUAGCUCACUGUGGAGUCUGGCAUGCAUAGUCCUAGCCAAUAGACCUUUUUCGUCAUUGCUAAGCAAACCACAGAUAGAGUGGCCAGUUCUCCCAUCCAAAAAAAAGAAAAGAAAUGCAUACGUCAGUGUAAUUUAGGGCCACUUUUGCCAUCAUUGUUCUCCAAAGGAACAUAAUAUUGUUUAAUGUACAUGUCAAGCAGACUGUUCUGUAAGAUGCUUUUGUUUUCAAGUGCAGUCAUUUCAGCAGUCUCUAGAGUGAAAAAUACCAACAGAUGUGUGAGUUAAUUUUUGAAAAUAGGUCUGUGAGUUGUAAAUAGAUGUGUGUUUGGUCUGUCCUAUCCGUCUUUGAUUCCUUAUCAACAUGUUCUCUCUCUCCUGUUGGCAAAACAUGUUUGUCUGAGAGCAUUGAUAGUGCUUUCCUCAUCAGUAACUGGAGUUCUCCUGCUUGCACUAGGGAAAGUAAAGAGAGAAUCUGUGUUUUUGUAUGGCAACCAGGGAAGCAGGAAUAUGCCACUGUACAGAACCAAAUUAAAAGUCCUAAUCUGUAUUUUCUUUGCAAAGUGAGAUCAAAGGAUGUUUAGAGAGUAUACAUUUUUGUCAAGGGAAAAGAAAAUAAAACUGCGCCAGUUUCUAUGCAAGCAGCUUGUAGAGUCUCAGCACUUCCUGGUCUCAGCCGAUCUGCCUGGAUUCACACAGCAGAGAGGGCUGAGAUCUCCCUGCUGGAUUUUGGUCUCCAUGAGUCACAGUGAUCGAGCAUUGCUUGGCCACGGGCAGGCGCAGUGACUCCAGAGGGGACCACCCCAGCAGUUCACACUUAACUUCAGAAACUGUCAUUGGUGUUAAAACAUACAAAUAGCAUGGAGAAACCUAUAUGCCAAUGGAAGGUAAAGAAAAAUUACAGAAGGGAAAAUGAUGUUUUGGGUGAGCAAAUAGUUGAGAAUCUAAAUAGUAGAUUUUUUUUUUUAAGCUAGCUAUGAGUUCCAAUCUUUCAUUAAGUAGUCUUUCAUAUUACAACCAACCCUUAAUUUUUCCAUGGGAAAAGACCUAGAGAUUACCGGAUAGUUAAUCCAGUAAUAAGUCAUAGUAAACCAAAAAUCUAAUUGUGUUUAGGAGUUUGAGUCCUUAUUCUCAUCAAACUGUUUUUCUUCUAGGGAUGCAUAUUAAUUAAAAAAAAAAAAGAUUUCUCUUGCCUAUCUAUUUAUGACUGUUCAUGAGUAGUGAAAAGAUUUGGAAAAAUAGCUUCAGGAAGAGGAAACACAAAAACCUGAAUAAUCCAUGGGCUAGAAAAGGAAUCCAUGAAUAAUCAAAAGCUAGUGGUAUUGUCAUUUUUUUUCAAGUCUUUUUAUGGAAAUGAAAUGUUAAAUCACCGAAUGUAAACCUCAAAACAUCACUGUAGUAUUAUAGCAUUUGGAUUGGUAUUGCAAUGCCUCUUCAUUCUUUGUUCACGCCACUCACAUCUUGUGGAUUUGUCUUGGUAAUGUUUCUGACAAUCAUUUCCCUACAGACUGUUCUAAACUACUGGGACCUGGUUAUAAUUGUAGAAAGUUAAUCAUGGAUAGUCUUAUUGGAUUCUUUUUAUAUUUAAGAAAAUUUUAUUUAUAUUGCUAAGUAGGAAGUUAUUUUCUUCAUUACACUAUAGGACUUCGCUCCAGAGUUACCAUUAUGAGUAUGUCAGCUCUGGUCUACAAAGGAUGGAUAAAAAUGGUUCGCCUUAUUUUCUUGCAAUGUAGUGCUGUGAAUUUUACAUCUGUUAACAGGAAAGGCAAAGUCAGAGCCACCCUGGGCAGCAAGUAUCCUGGUUUAUUUUAUGAGACAGUAGGGACUAAUACGUUGGGACCAAAACCACCUAAAUUGGACAUUUUGGGGUCACAGAGGGGCCAGGUGUUCUCUGGAGCAGUCACCGGUUGGUGCUUUAUUGCAGUCAUUUUGCGUUGAUACCCAACAGUUAGGAACCGGACCCUGGGAAUAAGCUGAGGGUGCUGUACUAUUGGGGGAGGGUGACUGUAGCCAUACAGAAGAUAAAAUAAGGGUUUUUCUGCAAAAUUUCCAUUUGAGGAUUUUUACAUUUAAUAUUUUUUUAAAACAGUUAAAAGAGCAAAAAAAAUAUGUGUAAUCUAGUUGCAAGAUAUGCGCACAUAUGUUGACUGGCUUUAUUUUUAUUGUGUAAAACUGUUGAACACAUGACUGUAAUGCACAAAUUCUUUACAUGUAAGGGAUCUACGCAUUUUACAGUAACUCAUUUUCAUGACUGGGUAAUGAAGCAGUUAUACAUUGACUUGCCAUUGUUGUGUUAAGUGCUUUCCUUUUCUUUACAGUUGUUACAGAGUUGUAUUUAUUUUAUACAGGUGGAUUUUCCUUUUCCUGAUGCCAUAAUGUUUACUUCAGCUUGUUGACCUGUCUUUCUUUGUCUAGCUGCAUGUUGUAAUGUAUGAUAAGAAUGAAUGUAAAGGCUGUGGCAACUGUCAUUAAAUUUUGUAAAGGGCUGGUCACUCGUGGAUCUAUCUGGUUUAUGAAUGCAUUUGGGAUUAUUUUAGUAACCAGAUCACCUUUUCAGAAAUUUAGAUGUGAACACCAAAAGAAACAUUUUUCCCAACAAAUAUUAAUAGCUGGUUCUAUUUUUUUUAAUCUAGAAAAAAUAAAGUUGAUUUUUUUCAAGUAAAGUGCUUUUAAUUCUUAGUAGUGGGGAUGGGUUGUUUGUAUUUUACUGGAGAGAUUUAGGCAUUAACAUCUGUAGACGUGUAUUAUGGCAGUUGGAUGCUGAAGGCAAACUGAAAAACCAAAAGAAAAAAACAUUGUACUUCCUUCUUUGGUUUUAAACUAUUCCCCCCACUCCUUCCCCAUUUUCCCCAUCCAGUGGUAUAGUGGUAAAUGUUGAAUAGUCCACUCUACUAGAAAAAAAAUUCUGUAUACAAGUGUACAUGUUUGUUAAAAUUUUGCUGAUAGCAAAGACAUAUAACACAGCUAACAAAUAAUAAUAAAGUAUACUUUAUUGUCAAGUCCAUAUAGCCAGUUCAUUCUCCCAGGAUGCUGUAAUUGAUUUUUGCUGAACUGUUGUAGCCAAUCUUUGAUUGCAAUUCAGCCAUAAUUUGAAAAAUGGAAUUACAUCAUAAUUACUUAUUUCUCAAAUUUAUUGUCAUUCAAUCUGAUACGUGAUCUGAUAAAGUGUUCCUUCAGUUCAGUUCAGUUGCUUAGUCGUGUCUGACUCUUUGCUACCCCAUGCAGAAAAAAUUGUUUCUUACCCUCGUGCAAAUUAUUCACACUAAAGUGAACCACAUUUGGCUUCAUUACUCUUUGUAAGCUUAUAUAACUUAAUUUUAAUAACAACAGUUUAGUAACUGCUGGCAAAAUUUUAAAAUUUAGCAAUCAGCUGUAGUGAGCCAGUAGGAGCUGUCUCCAGCAUACCACUGUCCUGUGCUUUUUUUUUUAAAUUAACUGUUAGUAUCGAGUAAACUCACUGCUCAACACUAAGGGUCCUAUUACUGACCCUUGCAGGGGCUUAAUGGGUGGAAAGCAUUAAUAUCAGUCCUACAAAGCAUGCUUUUGUUUAUUUUUUUAAAGUUUUUUUUAAUGUGGGUCAUUUAAAAAGUCUUUAUCAAAUUUGUCACAAUAUUGUUCUCUUUUAUAUUUUUUGGCUAUGAGGCAUGUGGGAUCUCCUAGCUCCCUGACCAGGUGUUGAACCCUCACACCCUACAUUGGAAGGUGAAGUUUUAACCACUGGACAGCCAGGGGAGUCCCCAGAGCGGGCUUUUGAUUUGAAGAAUUUGAGAAACAGCAAAUCUUUCCUCAAGUGCAUGGGAAGCUUGCAUUUUUCUAAAGUUGGUCCUUUGCUUUCAUUUCUCAAAACUAGGUAAAUUGAUAAUAGGCAUCGCUAAGAUUCUGUUUUGAGCACUGAAAACACUUAUUGUUUAGAUAUUUGGAGAAUAUGUUUGAUCCCACUGAAAACUUAAAUGUAUUUAAAUAUCUCACACAGUCUACCAAACAAGUUAAACAGUUUAAGUUCGGUCUGCCUCUUCUUUUUCUCUCUGGAUGUAGGAUGCUGUUUUGGUGAGGCUGUUGUUGUUUUCCCCAGUGUGGUUUCUGUGGAAGAUGAAGAACAGACUGAGGACAGAGCCCUGAAAGCAAGUGUGAAGAACUCUGAGAUCUGUUGCUGACCAGCCCUAUUCUUCAUGCGUUAGGAACAAAAGAAAAGCCAUUGUUUUUAAUUUCCACUUAAUAUGAAAAUGUUUGUUUUCAGAAAAUGUUUCUUCCUGCUGAAAAAGAAAAUGUAUUUUUAAAAGGAAAAAAUUUCCUCUUUUGGCUAUAAGAAAAAGUCAGCUGUAUAUGAGCAGGUGUGACCAUAUCAUAACAUGCUGAUAUGAUAUAAGUCAAUAAAUUUUUACCUCUCAGGACUUGGAUAA